UGUGUGUGUGUGUGUGUGUAUGAGAGACUGUUAAGCUCCAUGUGUGUGUGAGUAUACGUGCGUGCGUGCGUGUGUGUGUGUGUGUGUGUGUGUGAGACCAUGUGGUACACACACCUGCUCUGGUGCCCUGUGACCUUCAUCUUGGUUUCAUGGUUGCCAUGGUGGUACAUCUCCAUGGCGACAGCCAUGACCUUCCAGCCUACAGUGAACACUGCUCAGGGUCGUCUACGUGGGGUGCGCAUCACCGUGGCGACAGAAGGGCUCCGCCCUGUGGACCAGUACCUGGGCGUGCCUUUCGCAGCCCCACCCACUGGAGUGCGGAGAUUUGCCAACCCAGAACCCCCUGCGGCAUGGGGAGGCGUGCGUAACGCCACACGCUUUGCUCCCGUGUGUCCUCAGAGUGCCCGCGGCAACGUGCAUGACAUCACUGCACCCGUGUGGGCGACCUUUAACCUCGACACCAUGGCAACAUACCUGCAGGAGCAGAGUGAAGACUGUCUCUACCUCAACCUGUAUGUCCCCACACGGGAGAGGAGUGGGCCGAAGAGGGCGGGUGAAGAGGCGGAGGAUGACGUGUUGCGUGACUCACGUGAGGACCCAUGGCCUGUAAUGUUGUUUAUUCACGGGGGCUCGUACAUGGACGGAACUGGAAACAUCAUGGAUGGCAGCGUGUUAGCAAGCUACGGGAAUGUCAUCGUCAUCACACUUAAUUACAGGAUAGGAGUGUUGGGAUUCCUGAGCACUGGUGAUCAGGCUGCUAAAGGAAAUUAUGGGUUGUUGGAUCAAAUUCAGGCCCUGCGUUGGAUCAAUAAGAAUAUUGGAUAUUUUGGAGGAGAUCCGGGUCGGGUCACUGUGUUUGGGUCCGGAAUUGGAGCAUCUUGUGUCAGUUUGCUUACACUGUCUCAUCAUUCAGAAGGACUGUUCCACAGAGCGAUUAUUCAGAGUGGCUCUGCGUUGUCCAGUUGGUCAGUGAACUAUCAGCCAGUGAAAUACACACGCAUGUUGGCCGAGCGAGUGGGCUGUAACGUGCUCGACACACAUGACUUGGUGCUGUGCAUGCAGAAGCGGAGUUACAGGGAGCUGGUGGAGCAGGACAUCCAGCCAGCACGCUUCCACAUUGCUUUUGGGCCGGUGAUCGACGGUGACCUCAUUCCUGACGACCCAGAAGUGCUCAUGGAGCAGGGCGAGUUCCUUAACUAUGACAUCAUGCUGGGUGUCAACCAAGGGGAGGGACUUCGCUUUGUAGAGGGAGUGGUUGAGCCAGAGGAGGGUGGGGUUUCUGGAUCAGAUUUUGACUUUGCUGUUUCAGACUUUGUGGACGGUCUCUAUGGUUACCCAGAAGGCAAGGACACACUGCGUGAGACGAUAAAGUUCAUGUACACAGACUGGGCGGAUCGUGACAAUCCUGAAACACGACGGAAAACGCUUGUCGCCAUGUUUACGGAUCACCAGUGGGUGGAGCCUGCAAUGGUCACAGCUGAUUUGCAUGCACGUUAUGGUUCUCCGACGUUCUUCUACGCAUUUUAUCACCACUGCCAGAGCCCGAUGAAGCCAGCAUGGGCUGACUCCGCCCAUGGAGAUGAGAUUCCUUACGUGUUCGGAAUUCCACUUGUUGGACCCACCGAACUCUUCCCUUGCAAUUUUUCUCGCAAUGACAUCAUGCUGAGCGCCGUAGUCAUGACCUAUUGGACCAACUUCGCCAAGACUGGAGACCCGAAUAAACCCGUCCCUCAGGACACAAAGUUCAUCCACACAAAAGCAAAUCGGUUUGAGGAGGUGUCGUGGUCGAAGUACAGUCCUGAGGAUCAGCUCUACCUGCACAUCGGCCUCAAACCCCGGGUACGAGAUCAUUACCGUGCCACUAAAGUUGCUUUCUGGAAGCACCUGGUUCCUCACCUCUACAACUUAAAUGACAUGUUCCACUACACCUCCACCACCACCACACGGGCCCCACCCCCUCCUGCGCAGGCCACUCCUACAGGACCACGCCCCCCCAGACGCCCUGGCCCACUGGUCAUCGCUAAUCCUCGUGAUUAUUCCACUGAGCUCAGCGUCACCAUCGCUGUUGGUGCAUCGCUGCUUUUUCUCAAUGUUCUGGCAUUUGCCGCACUCUAUUAUCGCAAAGAUAAACGCAGUCGACAGGCCACACCUCCUCCACGUCAGCCGACACCCCCCCGUCACCAGGCUGCGCCUGUGUCCUGUGAGAAAGAUGCAAGGUCAUCCCCAAGGGAUUACACGCUCACGCUACGUCGCUCGCCAGACGACGUCCCGCUCAUGUCACCCGACUCGGUUGCCAUGACGCCCAACAGUCUGACCAUGACUCCAGACUCUGUUUCCAUGACACCCAGCUCGCUGAUGGGGUUUCCCAGCAUGCACCCCUACAACACCUUUACACAUGGAUACAACAACGCCGGCCUGCCCCACACACACUCCACAACCAGAGUAUAACAACAUACGCUAGAACUGGUUCAAACCCAUUUCAACAACUAAACACACACACACACACACACACACCUGUUUAUGGUUUAACCAGUUCAAACCACCUCGGUACAAAUCCAUCUAAAAUGGUGAAAAAUAAAAUGUACAAAAUAACUUAAGUGCCAAGAUGGAGGAUAAACACAUCACUGAACCAUGACAUCAGCGUAGAUUAGCUGUAGAAAUGCUUUUUACAUCAUACAGUAUCACUUAUUUAUCGUGUAUUCACACUCAGUGUGGCGCAGGGUAUACACACAAUAUCUUAUGGAAUGUUUUUGUCUACAUUUUAUACAUAUUUACAAUUAUUCUAAUUAUGCUAAGCUACUUAAUUAGUUAUAGCUAUCUAAAAACACAAAUUUUCUACCAAUGUUGUUAACAAAGCUAGCUAGCACUGUUAUUGACCUGUUCUUUAGAUGUCAUUUUUGGUCUUGGCGAUGCUUAUUAUUUUGACUGCGAGAGUUAGCAGUGGGUUUGGGAGCACGCCCCCUGUAGAUUAUUGUGUUGUUAAAACCAGUAAACAUUUCUGUUCACAUGCUUUACAUUAUAUUUACAAUUAUUCUUGUUAAACUGCACUUGUUAUGCUUUCCUAAAGCAUUUUCUGAGUAAAGCUGCAGACACAGUGA